AACUUCCGGCUCUUGUGCGCUUCGGACGUCCGGCUGUAGCUAUGCGGUCAAGGUUUCUUCGGAGUGCUUUUCGGUGGGCCCGGCAGGCUGCUGGCCCGGCCCGCCGACAGGUAAGCUGCGGUAGCCUUCCACUGGAGGAGCUGUUCGCCCGCGGCGGACCCCUACGGACCUUCCUCGAGCGCCAGGUAGGGUCUGAAGUCCAGUUGCAGGUCAGGCGGCCUGAGCUGGUGGCGGUGGCCAAGCUUCUGAACGAGAAGGAACAGGAGCUGCAGGAGACCGGGCACCUGCUACACGAUGAAAAUGAAGACUUAAGGAAACUUGCAGAGAGUGAAAUAACUUCAUGUCAGAAAGAAAUAGCUCAAUUGAAGCAUCAGAUUAUCUUACUUUUGGUUCCCUCAGAAGAAACGGAUGAAAAUGAUUUGGUCCUGGAGGUAACUGCAGGAGUUGGGGGUCAGGAGGCAAUGUUGUUUACCUCAGAGAUAUUUGAUAUGUAUCAGCAGUAUGCUGCAUUUAAAAGAUGGCAUUUUGAAACCCUGGAAUAUUUUCCAAGUGAAAUAGGUGGCCUUAGACAUGCGUCUGCCAGCAUUGGGGGUUCAGAAGCCUAUAAGCACAUGAAAUUUGAAGGAGGUGUGCACAGAGUACAGAGAGUGCCCAGGACAGAGAAGCAAGGCCGCAUCCACACCAGCACCAUGACGGUGGCGAUCUUACCCCAACCCACCGAGGUUAAUCUGGUAAUUAAUCCUAAAGAUUUGAGGAUUGAUACUAAGCGAGCCAGUGGAGCUGGGGGGCAGCACGUAAAUACCACAGACAGUGCUGUCCGGAUAGUUCAUCUUCCGACAGGUGUUGUUUCCGAAUGCCAACAAGAGAGAUCUCAACUGAAAAACAGAGAGAUGGCUAUGAAAAAGUUACGUGCAAAACUAUACAGCCUGCAUGUAGAAGAAGAAACAAGUAAACGAUACAAUGCUAGAAAGAUUCAGAUUGGCACUAAAGGAAGGUCAGAGAAAAUAAGAACAUACAAUUUUCCACAGAACCGGGUCACAGAUCACAGAAUAAACAAGUCACUUCAUGAUCUUGAAACUUUUAUGCAAGGAGAGUACCUACUGGAUGAACUUGUACAGUCAUUGAAGGAUUAUGCUAAUUAUGAAUCUUUGGUAGAAAUUAUUUCCAACAAAGUUUAAGUUGAUUUGUUAUCAAAGACUUGUAUAGCUUAUGAAAAUUCUGUUAUAGCAAGUCACAUUGUGUACGUACCAGUAUUCUCUUGAAACACAUGAGUUAACACAGUUGGGAGUAACAUGUUUUUAAUACAUAGGUAAUUUAUAUGAAUCGUCUCUCAAUUUAUUAGUAAAAAGUAUGACAAUAUAAUCAUGACUCUGGUUGUACAUUUUGAACUCUUACAAGAAAGGAAAACAGUCUUUUGUUUUACGUAAAAUAUUUAAUGAAUGAUGAGAAAUUUGGCUUAGCUCUUAAGGAAAACUUCAAACAUAAAACAGUAGAAAUAUGACAGUAAUUAUUGUUAUUAGUCAAGGUUCUAGUCAGGAGACAGCAACCAUAUCUUUAAUUUGAACAGGGAUAAUUUUGAUAUAAAAAAUUCUUAACCAACGAUGGGAUUAGCUAUUAGGAGAUAAAAGAUUACUACUCUAGGACUGAGAGAGUCCCCAAGGAAAGAAUACCCUUGGACAGGCUUCCCUUCCCCUCCAGGUGGAGAGUCAGGCCUGUUGGAGAGUAACGUUGACUAGAAGCC